ACCUCUGUCCAUCGCAGCUGACUCUAGAACGCGUCGGAGAAAUAGGAAUAAACUGACUGAGUUCGCGUUCGGUUCGUGUUGCGCACGCAAAGCAAGCAAGUAGUGAGCCAGAUGCGGUUCGAAACGGUGCAGUCAACUGAAGCUCGCGCAGUGCAAUACAAUUAGUUGAAAAGCCAAGACACAAGCACUCCUAUCGCGAUAGGCACUGCUAGCAAAUUGAAACCGCGUGUCUUUCGUUUCGCUUCUCCCGCUCUUUCGUUGCACUCCGCCCACACUAUCCGCCAAUGCAGUCGUGAGUGCGUGUGUGCGUGCGUAUUUCCCCCCCAAAUUCAAUGAAUUCGACAGGCAGUGCAAUAAAAGCGCAACUAAAACAAAAGUGAUUCCACCACGUGCGCCGCUCUCUCGCGUCUUAAGUUCAGUUGUUGUAGCUGCUUUCGUUUGUUUUGCUGGCGUCUCGCUCUAACGGCUCACACUGCUAAAUUUACCGUUCGCCGAACAACCGGCACGCGAAUACCCGUUGGAUUAGGAGGACUCAUUAACGGGACACCCGCACAAGGAUAUCAAAAUGGUGCAGGCACUGGACUACGAUUGCGAGGCACAGGGCCAGGACAUCCCACAGGCGAUUCAGCUGCUCGGGGAGAUGAACAGCAAUGUAAAACAAGUGACUGACUUGGUGGAGGGCAUGCUGCAGCGGGUCAAGCGGGGCGAGCUAACCACAGAAUACGGCCUGAGCUUCCUGGAGGUGAAGUACCACAUGCUACUGGACUAUUUGAUCAAUCUGACCUAUGUCGUGCUGCGCAAAUGCUCCGGAGAGACCAUCGAGGGAGAUCCCUCCAUCGAACGCCUAAUAGAGAUUCGCACUGUGCUGGAGAAGAUUCGGCCUAUAGACCACAAGCUACGCUAUCAGAUCGACAAACUGGUCAAGACAGCCACCACUGGCGUCUCGAGCAGUACAGAUCCCAUACUUUACAAGCCCAACCCGGAUGAUAUGAUGAGCAGCGCAGGCGGAGCAGGCCGAGAUGAGGACGAUGGAGAAGAUGACAGUGACGAGGAGGACGAGGACGACGAUGAGGAGGAUGAGGACGAGGCCGGCGCAGCGAAAAUGCCCCGGAAAGCGGCCACAGCCGGAAAGUCAAGAGUGUACGUGCCGCCGCGCAUCAAGCCCGUUUACUACGAUGGCGAUGAACGCGAUGCCGACAAGGAGAAAAAGGCACUGGACCGGGCCAAGAAACGAGCCAUUACGUCUUCCAUGCUGCAGGACCUCAAAGAGGAAUACUUGGAUGCUCCUACAGAAAUUUCAUCUGGUUCGCGUGCUCAGCAGAUGCUUUCCCAAGCUCAGAAGGAGAAGCAGGAGUACGAGGAGACCUAUUUGAUGCGUCUGCCGGUGACCAAGGCGGAGAAGCAUCGCCAGCGAAAACUGACCACCUUGGGCACACUUGGUGAUGAAAUUCUUGGGGAGAUCAGUCGGGAAUCAGCCCUGCGUGGGGAUGGAAGCAAAAAGCGCAAACUGGCCAAGAAGGGGAAGGGAAAGAAACGUGGCGGUAAAAAGCGAAAAUUCCAUUAAUUGGAAGCUCAAAAUAUCCUAUUUAAGUAAGAACAUUUUUUAGGUUAUAAACAAAGGUGUUUUAAUGCCGUUCUAUAUGUUUUAAAUUGCUUUAAAAAGUUAAGUUUCCCUCAUUUUUGAUCCUGAUUGACAUAUACUUUUGAUUCUUAAAACUUUUAUUUUUAUUGCUUAAUGUUAAGUUUUUCCAAUUAAUGUUUAAAUGAAUUUUUAUUAAAAUGUUCUUAUAUUAUUGAAAAAAAAACGAAAAUUGUGUUUUUAUUUUUUUAAGGAUUUUAUUUUAGAAAUUCGAAUUAUUUCAGCUUACCAAUUAAGCAUGGUUAUCCAGCGACGCGCUUAUCUGCGUGCAAAAAAUAAAUACUUUAAACAAAAAAAAAAAUAAAAUUACUUAAUGCGCAAUGUAAAGUUAGGCCACAAAAUUAAUAGUUUAAGUUUAUUCAGAGACCUAAAUUUAAUUCGAAACUAACAAAAUUUUUACAAUUAAAUCCCAUUUCAUAACAAAGGGAAACGGGAAACUUUGUCCAUUACAGUACUACAAAGUGAACGAAAAUUUUGAAAAAUAAUGAAAUUGUAUCUUAAGGCACAGCAAAAUUAAUCAUAAAGAACAAAACCGUAUUUCGUUGUUUUUAGGAGUCAAAGAAAAAAUUAAAAACUUUGGGCAAACGCAAAUUAAUAUUAUAUUUUGGAAAGUCUUGUUUCGAAAUUUAAAAUAAAACCAAAUCCAAUGCAGCUAAAACGUGCUGUAAAAAUGCAAAACCAAAACUAGAAACAAAAGAAAAAACACAACUUCAGUGACAAAAUGCAGAUGCCUUAACAAGAGACCGGUUUACACAGUAAGAAACGAGCGAAACGAGAACAAAUUUAGAAAACUUUUGAGUUGACGUAUAUUAAAGCAAUGAUCGAAGGAAAGACUAUAUAAAACUAUAAUAACUUAAGCCCCACCCAAAAACCAAGAAAAUAAAAAAAGUUUUAAUUGAACGGAGAGUAUUUGAUAAACUUUUAAGCCAAUACGUGAAAGAGAAGUUAUUUUAGUUUUCACAAAAAAAACUCCUAAAAACAACUGAAUUUAGACACAAAAUUUAUAUAUUUCUUAUAUAUCGAUUAAUUAAAAUUAAGCGACACAUUUUGAACAACCCAAAGCAAAGAGAUUCUACGUCCAAAAAAAAGUUUUUAAACGUAUGGAAAAACUAAACUAAAACAUUUUAGAAGUAAAAGCUAUUCAAAAGCGCGAAAAAAUGAACGAGGGGAGUAGUUGAAAAACUAUAUUACCAAACGUAUAAUUAAUACAAUUAAAUGUAAAUGAUGAAAAACGAAAUAUAUAGCAUAGAUUUAAGUUGAAGAAGGCAGCAGCAAGCAACCAGAACUUUUGGCUUCUACAACAAACUUUGACUAAGGAUGAAAAUUUCUUCAAAAUUUUUGAAAAACCUUUUGGCUAUAAAUUUAACAAAAACAAGCAAUGAUAGGCAGACAACUGAAAAACAAGCAAUGAUAGGCAGACAACUGAAAAAUUACCACAUAAAUGCAAUAGAACUCAAAAUUAUUUACAGGCAACAAGCAGCAUGAUGUUUUAAAUGUAAUUAAAUAAAUUAAUUUAAUUAAUUUAUUUAUGUUAAAAGCUGAAAGACUGAAUAUGUUAAAGUGAAAACCAAAAUGUAACAAAAACAAUGAAAUGAAAGGAUAUGUACUUUUUCUCAAGUGUGUGUAUGAACUUAAAUAAUUUUAAUAGCCGAAUUUCUAGCACAAAUUUUAAAACGACUAAGACAUUUAUUUUCUUUUCCGAACUUACUCUUUUCGUCGAAAUAUCAUUUGUUUAGUUCUCAUUCAGUGCAAGUUGUUUAUUUCUGUGUAUGUAAAAUAAAGCGGAAAGCAUGAAAACGAAUACAAAAGUUAAAUAUAUUGCAAAAUGUAAAGACAACAAAAACAAAGUGAAAACAACCAAACAAAAGUCGCCUUAGCCAAGCACCACAAAGCAAGAAAGAAAGAAAUGAUAUGAAUCGAAGUGAAACAAAAAUUUGUAAAAGCAAAUAUAAUACUUAACUUAACUACCAAUUAUUUGUUGUAAUUUAAUAUAACGAACAAACUGAUACUCACACAACAGCAAAAACAUCUACAACAGAAUAGUGCAAAAGUUCAAAAAACAA